AUGGAUUGGGCUAUAAAAGCUGCAAAAAAGAAAACGCAGGUUCUUCCUGGUUCGACUAGAUCGAUAAUAGAAUCAUUAAAUGCAUUAAACAACGUGAUAAUAACUGAUCAGAAUAGUAUCAAUGCAGUAAUUAGUAAAGAGAAAGAAUGGUUGAAUUCUAAUUUCGGCAUUUUAUCGAGCUCAUUUGACAAUUCAAAAUUGUCUAUUUCAUUAAUAAGCCCUGAAAAGACAGUGUCAAUUGAGGACAAUAAAAAAGUUACCGAUAUAUCUAAUGCAGAAGAAAGUUUAUCAGAUGUUCUAAGAUAUAAGGAUUCUGAUGCAGAAAAUGUUAGAAAUGGAGAAUAUGUUCCAUCUAUUCGUUAUGCACCACUUCCCAAACAAUACAAUUCUGAACAACAUAUAACUCCAGAAUCCACUAAUACAGUUAAUAUUGUUGGUAUCCAAAACUCAAAUAAAACAGAUAACACAGGAACAACCACAUUGUCAUCUUAUGAAGUCCCAAAAGAAAGGUCCUCUCCAUGGUCCCCCUAUAAAGUUGACAAACUUUUAAAUGGACCUUUAUCUAACUCAAGAGUUAUGGAUCAAUCUUCAACAAGUUCUAACAUCGUCAACAAAACAGCUUCGGUAGAUUUAAAAACUUCUGCGGAUAUUUCCGAGACUCAUCAAAAGAGCUUAUCUGCUGUAAGUAAUACAUCAACAUCAGUCAAUGUUACAAGAUCAAAACCUUUAGAAAACAAAAGAAAACAGGAUCUUGCUAAGAGAAGAUCAAAUAUGUUUGUGCCACUACCUGAUAAAGAUCCAUUGGUGGUUCAACCAUUUUCUUCAAAUGCAACUAAUACAAAUAUUCAAUCGUUCAAAGAAGUAUCUGAUAACAAGCCAAGAAGAUCAUUACUGAUACCAAUUAAUACACACGAAAAUUUCAAUGAUUCUAAAUUUGUUAAACAGAGCAAGCAUAUACCUCAAUUAUCCACUUCUUCUAAGAACAAUAAAAAUAACCACAAUAAUCCAGGGAUAAGAAAAUCACCUUCAAUUUCAUCCAACAUUAGCAAAUCAAAAGGAAGCACACCUUCAAAAAAUGUAUUUGAUAGGUUAUCUAAGUUACCAACAAAAUCUUUUGAAAAUAAAAUAUUACCUAAGAGUAAUAGACCGUUUUCCUCUGCAAUAGAUUUGAAAGGUUCUCCCAUUAGGAGAACAUCAUUUCGCCCAAAGAAGAGAGAAACAAUUGAUGAAACUAUGGAACAAGCAUUAAAAAACAUCUUCUCUACAAAAGAAGAAUUUUCCAUGCCAGGUGCCAAAUUUAAAGACGAUAAUACAAGAAGGUCAUUAAUACCGAAAUACAACAGAUAUGAAUCGACUACAAAGUUAUCGAAUUCGGCAAUGAAAUCGAUUGACCAUAAACAUGAAAUAUUGAAAAGGACCCAGCAAAUUUCACCAUUGAGAAGUACUAAUAUAUCGAAAAAACUAACUAAAAAUCCUAGUCCUCCUAGUAUACCUCGUAAAACUAUUGGCAGAAUGUCUAUGAGUAGUAAAAAUAUUUCGAUUUCACCAUUACGUUCAAGGUUACAUGCUAACUCACCAUCACCACUUAAAAAUAAAAUUGCAAUAGGAAGAAUGAGUACAAACCCUCCAUUACCUCAUAAAAAUGAUAAUCCAAGUAACCAUGAACAAAAUAGAAAUAAAUUAGAAGUUGUAAAGAAAAAUGACAGAUUGACUGGUUUCAAACUGUUAUCCUCCAUAGAGUCAAAUAAUAACGUAAUUUCUAAUGGACUCUCCAAUGGAAGCAAUUCAAAAAGAUUAUCAUACAUGAAAGAUUCGAAACUUCAAAAUAAAUAUGAAGAAUCAAAACAACUUGCUACUCAGUCCAUAAAGCAUAAAGCACAAAAGAUACCAAAUUUAGCUACCGGUCAGCAGCGAAAUGAUAAUGAAAAUUAUGUGAGUGAUAAUAUCUUGCAUGACUUACACACAAAGGAUUAUAGAAAUAAGAUCGGAGCUAUAUCUAAAUAUAGUCCUACACAAUCAACAAAUAAUGCUGAUCAGUCUUUACCAGAAAUAUUUUCUGAUUCCGAUUCAGAGGAUAAUAAAGUUUUGGCACCUUGGGCUGAAAGUCCAAGGCUACAAGAGCAGUUAAAAAUACAAGAGACAUGGAAUACAAGCCAGCUAUUUGGAUCAUUCCCUCCCUUAUAUAUGGAUGAAAUAUUCCAUAACUCAAGAUUAAAUAAAUUUAAAACUGGACAAUCGCUAUCUUAUAAAAAUAAAUAA